ACUAAUAGCAGUUGAGAAUAUUGAGGAGUAAUUGGGUUGUUAACAAUUUCCACUGUUAAUGUUUUUAUGAAUAUAUACUUUUCAAUGAAUUCCUACAACUACUCCCAGCCCAAGUCAGGGAACGAGCAGCCUUCCAGCUCUCCACCACUUCGAAUAUGCCAGAAUAAUGGACCUGCCAUGACCGAAAAUGACUUCACGGCAUCUCCAUGGCCACUAUCUCCAACUCCUCCCUCACAGAAGUACAGAGCAGAGGUGCUAUCUAACAGCCACAUUUUGGCCAGUCCAAGAUCUGAGUCAAUUGUGACCCCAUCUGGUGUUCUCACACCUGAAGAUUUGAUCUGGGAUCCUCCAAAUCUUCAGGAGCUUGGUCCACUGAAAUUAUUAGGUGUUUACAACCUUCCACCGCCCUUCUGGCCUGCCAGCUUAAAAGAUAAGGUGAAGAAUCUUGGCAUUAAUGAGGAUGAGACAAACAGAGCUGAAGACAGCAGCAACAUGAAGAAUCAAUCCUCCUCUGUGUCUCACAAUAUAUUUGAGGAGCUUCUUGAGGAUUUGGAUUUCUCAACACCUUUUCCUCCAGCAAAUGAGGAUAUCUUUGAAAUACUGGGCUUCUCUGUUGAUGCAUACAAUGAACAGGCCGAGACUGAUGCUGUCAUAGAGCAAGAAGAGGACAAGGACAAGCUCCCGCUCAGUCCUGAUGUCAUCACUAGCCACAACAUGGAAGCUGCAGCCUUUAAUUCUGAGGAAUGUCUGUCUGUUACAGGAUCAAGAAAGAGAAAGAGGGCUAUUUUCUUUGACAAUGACCCCUCUUCUGCUGCUGACCAAAGUUCUGCCAUGUUUGAUGAUUCAGAGCUUUUUGAGCCUCCACAUGCUAAGCCUCAGCUGGGACUCUAAGGAAUAUGUUGUAGACUUUUUCACACAUUUUUAUAGUGCUAUAUUCUCAGAUGAAAGCAUUGUUUCUUACAAUUAAAGCAUUUGCAAA